GCCUUUCUUCGAAUCAAAAUGAAAUUACAUGGGUAAUGCAAGAUUCCGUGCAUGGUAAACAAUGAUUGAGGGAACACCCCGUCAAAACCAACUAUCAAUUAAUCUUGGAUUUGAUGAUUACAGCAAUGGAAAAGACUACAAAAAGAGACAGUCAGUUUUCAGGGUAUGGAAAAGGUUGUCCAGUUUACAGAGAAGUGUGAUAUGUUUUGUUCUACUAUUGGGAGGGAUCAGUAUCAUAUAUAUAGUGUCCUCAGUAAGAAAAGGUCAUAGAGGAAGUUAUGGUGGACCAAGUGAACUCAGUGAUUUUCUUGACUCGAAAGAGAGGCAGAAGAUGGAGCAAGAGAAGCGAGAUUACAUACAGAAAAUGAAACAAAGACAUGCUGUGGAGCAGGUUAAUCAGAUAGUGAAAAAGAAUCAGGAAAAUAUUAGGAGGAAGAAGGGACCACCAUCAAGGAAGAAAGCAACGAAAGAAGACAAGGGACUGGAUAAAGUACAACUUCCUCCUGAUGAGAAAGAGGGACAAUUGGUAAGGGAUGAACGAUUUCCCAAUGGGAACGAGGACGAGGAUAAUGACAGAGAUGACAAUGUUGAUGGACAUUUAAAUUUACCACCAAAGGCAGCUGGUGAUGAUUUAGUUGUGGACCAAGGAAGUGAUGGACCCUAUGACUAUUUUGAUCCAAAGAGACAGUUUUCAGAAAAACAGAAAGCAAUUCAAGAUGCCUUUAAAUUUGCUUGGAAGGGAUAUAAAGAGCAUGCUUGGGGCCAUGAUGAAUAUCAUCCAAUCAGCAAAAGCCAUUCAGAGUGGUUUGGAGUCGGUCUGACCAUUGUAGAUUCUAUUGAUACAGCCAUCAUCAUGGGACUUAAAGAUGAGUAUCUGGAAGCUAGAGAAUGGGUUGAUAAAUCCUUGACCUUUGACAAGGAUAAAGAUGUCAACUUGUUUGAGAUCACGAUUCGUGCCUUGGGAGGACUUCUGUCUGCUUAUCACCUGACAAAUGAUGAAGUUUUUAAAAACAAGGCUAAAGAGUUGGGGGAUCGCCUCUUACCAUGUUUUAAAUCUCCAUCAAAUGUCCCUUUCUCUGACGUGAACCUGAGGACUGGACACGCCCAUGCCCCAAGGUGGGGCCCUGACAGCAGUACAUCAGAGGUGACUACCAUACAGCUGGAAUUCCGAGAUCUCAGCAGAAUCACCAAGGAUAGUAGAUAUGAGCAUGCAGUAGAUGUAGUGUCAGAACAUGUUCACAAACUACCAAAGAAGGAUGGAUUAGUGCCAAUAUUUAUCAACGCCAAUACAGGAUCAUUCAGAAGUUCUGCCACCAUUACAUUUGGUGCAAGAGGAGAUAGUUACUAUGAGUAUUUAUUGAAGCAGUGGAUACAGACAGGCAAACAGAAGGACUAUUUGAAAAAUGACUACCUGCAGGCAGUAGAGGGCAUUAAGACUCAUUUACUGAAAGAAUCUGAACCCAGUAAACUGCUCUACAUAGGCGAGCUACUGGGAGGAAGAUCAUUUAGUCCAAAAAUGGAUCAUUUAGUGUGUUUUAUGCCAGGAACUUUGGCUUUGGGGCAUCAAAAUGGUCUUUCAAAUGAUCAUAUGGAAAUUGCCACCAAAUUAGCUAAAACUUGUUAUGAAAUGUAUAAUAAAAUGCCAACGAAACUCAGUCCCGAGAUUGUGUAUUUUAAUCAGGCACCAGGAGCCAGUGAUGAUCUCAUAGUCAAACCACUAGAUGCCCACAACCUGUUGCGGCCAGAAACCGUGGAGAGUCUUUUUUACAUGUACCGAUUUACUCAGGACAAAAAAUACAGAGAAUGGGGCUGGCAGAUUUUCCUGGCCUUUAUGAAAUACACCAAGAUUGAGGGGGCUGGCUUCUCCUCCAUCAAUAAUGUCAAAAGUCCAGGUAACCCAGGAUUUAAAGAUAAACUAGAAAGCUUCUUCUUAGCAGAGACACUCAAGUACCUGUUCUUAUUAUUCAGUGACGAUCCCAAGCUUAUGCCUCUAGACAAGUUUGUGUUCAAUACUGAGGCUCAUCCCCUGCCGAUUUACUCCGAGUGAUUUUAAUGUUUGUUCUUGUGUCAAAUAGAAUGAUUGUAUGUGUGUGUAGGUUUCAAAAUACAUAUAUAGCAUUAUCUAUAAAAUAUUUUGUGUGCAAGAUACUUUGUGAAGACUUGGUGCAUCACUAAAUAAUAAUGUGUGUGAAUGAUAAACCAUGUGAUACGGAAAACAAUGAAAGACACAACCCUGAAUUUGCUCAUUAAUGUAAAUUACGACAUUGAACAUAAAAUACAUGUAGAAUGAACUCAUAUUUGAAAUGUUCCUACGUAAUUCAAGCUCUUAAUUGUGCAAUUCUUUUUCGUUUACCUUUUUCUUUAAUAUUUUUUUCUCAUUAAAGAUGGCUUGUCAGAACUAAGUUUUCUCUUAAUCAUUCAAGGGUUCUUUGAAAUGUUGUCAAGAAUUUAUUUUUCAUUUAUUUUACCUACUUCAUUUUAUUUUUAAUUGACCUUACCUCAUGAAAUAAUUAACCUGUAUAGUGGGUUAUAUGACCAACCUUAAAACAUGUUUUAAAAGGUUGGAACAGUAUGUUAGCUUUAUGAUUUGGUUAAUUCUUUCAACACUUGAGGAAAUAUUUAAACUUAAUCAUACAUAAUCAUAAUUCUGGCAGUUAAGAUUUAGUCACUAAGAUAAUCUGAAGUAAGCACUAAUCACUGAAAUAGCCCACUAUAUAUUGGUAUUCUGUCAUUUUGACCACAAGCAGGGAUUGUGAUAGUUAAGAUAGUUAAAUCACUGUGAAGUUGGUCAUAAUUGUUACCUGUACAUAUCAAAUUUUUUGAAUGUCAUGGAAUAAUAAUGUCAUGCAAUAAGACAGAAGAGCAACAAGUAUUAAAUGUAGAAAUUAAUUACCAAAUACAUGUAUUUCCAUUGUUUAAAAAUAUUAAAAGUAUUCCAGUAGGUUUUUGUGUAAAUAUUUGAUCGUGAAUCCAGGUUUGAUCAUUGUAUGUUACAUAUUUUUUAUUUUAA